AUGCCGGGCCAGUUCCCUGACCCGCUCAUAGAUCCCAACUAUGCGAUGUAUGCCACUUUCCAAAGAGUCCCAGGCUCAUACAUACCACCCCAGAAUGGGUAUUUCCCACCCCAAGCCUAUUACAACCACACAUAUCAGACGACUCCAGUGCCACCGCCAUACUUCCAAGCUCCUCCAGCUCCCCAUCAGAGAUACGCAUAUGGUGCUUCAUUCCAAUAUCCAUACUCACCACCAUACUCACCAUAUCAGAACCACUUCCCAAUUCCCAAGAACGACCCCAACACCCCCCAGCCAACGAACCAACCCUUUCAGAAUGACUUCAAUCACCCACAUCCUCACCCCACUCCAACCCCAACCCAACCCCUUCUCCAACUCACAUACGAAAAACUCCCCCAGAAAGACCUCCACCACCCACUCGACCUCCCAGUCCUCCCAGAGGGCUGGGACUGGCGCCUGGACAACGCAAACCGCAUCUUCUACGUGGACACCUACGCACACGGACACGAGAAGCGAUGUUUCUGGAAACCGCCCAUCGAGGAACCGGAAGAGGAGGAAGAUGGGAGUUGCCUUCCGCCGGGCUGGGAGCGGACUUGUACAAUCUACGGUCGUGUUUUCUGGACGCAUGUCCGGUCGAGGAUUGUGUCGUAUGAGUUUCCCGGUUCCUGUCCGCAGUUCAAGUAUAGUUCUGUUGGGGAAUUGUAUCUUGGCGAGGAUGUUGAGCGGGAGGGCGUCCAGUGGAGGCAUUGGUCUAGUGUGGAUUUGGGCUUGUUUUGGGUUGAUGAUUCGGAGGUUGCGUGUCGGAUUUCAAGGGAUGUUUGGCAGGAUGGGAUUUCUGAUGAGGCUGUGAAGGCUAGGGGGAGUUGUGGUGGGGGAAUAGUAAAUUCUGGGAAUGGAAGUUGA